AAAGUAACUAUGUUGCUGCUGGAGAUCAAUGAAGCUAAGUGAAUGGGGGCUGGACGUGGCGAGUUCAAAGCUGAAGCGGAGCUCCGGGUGGUGGAAGAUUACACUUCUUCAUGAAACUCUUGAGUUCUUCUUGAAUUGCCAGUUUUCAGCCUCCUCAUGCCUCCAUCUCCUUUAGACGACAGGGUAGUAGUGGCAUUGUCUAGGCCCGUCCGACCUCAGGAUCUCAACCUCUGUUUAGACUCUAGCUACCUUGACUCUGCCACCCCAGGCAGUAGUAACUACCCUCCUGUCAUCGCCACUACCGUUGUGACCCUCAAGGCUGCGAAUCUGACGUAUAUGCCCUCAUCCAGCGGCUCUGCCCGCUCUCUGAAUUGUGGAUGCAGCAGUGCCAGCUGCUGCACUGUGGCAACCUACGACAAGGACAAUCAGGGCCAGACCCAAGCCAUUGCUGCUGGCACUGCCACCACCACCAUCGGAACCUCUACCACCUGUCCUGCUAACCAGAUGGUCAACAACAAUGAGAAUACAGGCUCUUUAAGUCCAUCAGGUGGGGUGGGCAGUCCUGUGUCAGGGACCCCCAAGCAGCUAGCCAGCAUCAAAAUCAUAUACCCCAAUGACUUGGCAAAGAAGAUGACCAAAUGCAGUAAGAGUCACCUGCCCAGCCAGGGCCCGGUCAUCAUUGACUGCCGGCCCUUCAUGGAGUACAACAAGAGUCACAUCCAAGGAGCUGUCCACAUUAACUGUGCCGAUAAGAUCAGCCGGCGGAGACUACAGCAGGGCAAGAUCACUGUCCUAGACUUGAUUUCCUGUAGAGAAGGCAAAGACUCCUUCAAGAGGAUCUUUUCCAAAGAAAUUAUAGUUUAUGAUGAGAAUACCAAUGAGCCGAGUCGAGUGAUGCCCUCCCAGCCUCUUCAUAUAGUCCUCGAGUCACUGAAGAGAGAAGGCAAAGAACCGCUGGUAUUAAAAGGUGGACUCAGUAGUUUUAAGCAGAACCAUGAAAACCUCUGUGACAACUCCCUCCAGCUCCAAGAGUGCCGCGAGGUGGGAGGCGGAGCGUCUGCCAUCUCGAGCAUGCUACCUCAGUCUGUCCCCACCACCCCUGACAUUGAGAACGCAGAGCUGACACCCAUCCUGCCCUUCCUGUUCCUUGGCAAUGAGCAGGAUGCUCAGGACCUAGACACCAUGCAACGGUUGAACAUUGGCUACAUCAUCAACGUCACCACGCACCUUCCCCUGUACCACUAUGAGAAAGGCCUGUUCAACUACAAGAGGCUGCCUGCCACCGACAGCAACAAACAGAACCUGCGGCAGUACUUUGAAGAGGCUUUUGAGUUCAUUGAGGAAGCUCACCAGUGUGGGAAGGGACUGCUCAUCCACUGCCAGGCUGGCGUGUCUCGCUCUGCCACCAUCGUCAUUGCCUACUUGAUGAAACACACUCGAAUGACCAUGACUGAUGCUUACAAAUUUGUCAAGGGCAAACGACCAAUUAUUUCCCCAAACCUUAACUUUAUGGGGCAAUUGCUGGAGUUUGAGGAGGACCUAAACAAUGGUGUAACACCACGAAUCCUUACCCCAAAGCUGAUGGGUGUGGAGACUGUUGUGUGACCAUGAUUAGUGAGGAAAGGAUUGCCGCUAGGAGACAAACGGAGGAAGAUUGAGUCUGCUUUUUUUUUUUCCUUCUUCUAUUUUCCUUUUCCUUUUUGUUUGUUUCUUUUUUUUUUUUAGUUGGGGGGAUGAAGUUUGUGAAUAGCAACAAACUUGUUUAAAGACUUUUUAUUUUUAACCAGUGUGAGAAGACUAUAAACCUUUUGAUGCCAUUGAGAUUCACUCCCUGUAAACUGAUAAAAGCAGGGAGACUGAAGAGCUCACUUUUCUAAGCCAACAAUAAAAAUGUAAUCAAACUUGUUUCUCCCCAUUUUCCUUUUAAGCUAUUUGUAGAGUUUAUGAUUAUAAGACUAUAGUCUGUGCAGGUUCAUAGACAGAAGAUAUCAUCCUUUAAACAAAUUAAAGAACCAAAAGUAAUAGAAGGCCUGGGACACACCUGGACCAUCCAUACAGGAAACAAAAUCCACUAAACCAAGCCCUGUUGUGCUCGUGGAUAUAAAGAGAAGAUCAGGGCAGUAAGUGGUCUAAGAAUACAUUUCUCAGAAGACAGAGGAUACUCUUGAUUUGAUGUGUUUCAUGUUCUGGAUUUUCUUUUUCCUCUGUGUUUAAGAGAUACUUGUUUUUGUCUUUGUUUUCAUUUUGGUAAUAGCAAGGAACUGACCAUUAUACCAUAUGCCUUCACUGGCUCUUUGUGCAAUAAUAUGGUGUUUUGAGUGUGCAAAAGUUAGAGCUGGCAACUCAAUGAUAGAAAAAUAGUUCAAAUUUGCCAGCUUGGAGAGAGAAAGGAAUUCAACAAUAUCAAUUACUUUCCUUCCCACCUUUUCCUUUUUGGAUUUGAUUCUAGUUACAGUGCCAUAAACCUUGUUACAUAUGUAUAUCAGAAUGUAAAAAAAAAAAAAAGACAAAAAUUUAUUUAAAAAUAUUUUUCGCAAAGAAAAAAAACAA